UCACAUUUCUUUAACAUUCUCCUUAGUUUCUGAACCUACCCUCAUCGGUUCUCCAAGGAGCCAAGAAAGAACUGCUUUCUCAGCUUCUCGGAGUCUCACCAUCCUCUGUUUUCACCAUUUCUUAAUACACACGCAAUCUCUAAAUCCAAACCUAACCCUAAAAAUGGACUCCACCGAGCUAAAACGUGUGUUCCAAAUGUUCGACAAGGACGGAGACGGUCGGAUCACACAGAAGGAGCUAAACGAGUCAUUCAAAAACCUCGGGAUCGUAAUCCCUGAAAACGAGCUAUCGCAGAUGAUCGAGAAGAUCGACGUGAACGGCGACGGUUGCGUUGACGUUGAAGAGUUUGGAGAGCUUUACAAGUCGAUAAUGAUCCAAGACGAGGAUGAGAUAGGAGAUGAAGAUAUGAAGGAAGCGUUCAACGUUUUCGAUCAGAACGGUGAUGGGUUUAUUACGGUGGAUGAGUUGAAAACGGUCUUGUCUUCCUUGGGACUCAAGCAAGGUAAGACCUUGGAGGAGUGUAGGAAGAUGAUAAUGCAAGUGGAUGUUGAUGGUGAUGGUAGGGUUAAUUACAAGGAGUUUAGACAAAUGAUGAAGAAGGGUCAGAUCUUAGCUCAAUGAGCUGAUGAUUUUAUGAUUGUUUGUUUAUAUUUUUUUUUGGCUUAUUUGUGUUAACCUUUUUCUCUCGCAUUCUAGAAGGAAAUAUCACAUGAACUGAGUUUGUUUUAUAGUGUCUAGGUUUGCGAGAGCACAUUGUAAAAAUUGUUGCUAAUUUUAUACGACGCUAUAGGUGGGUUAUAUUUUUAAA